CACUCGUACAGGCUCCUCCAGACCCAACCUAUAUCUCGCUGCUCGCCCCCUCGCAAAACUCAACCCACAAGACCCGAAAUCUCCCUACCACGCACCCAAUUGCGUGGCCAGCACCAACCGAGACAAUAUGGCUGGCGGACACGGCAGCGAGGGUGAUGUCUAUCACCCCCAGGAUGCCGUCAAGAGCGGCAUCACUGCCGCGCUCACCUACGGAGGCGUAGGCUUGUUCGCCUCGUCGAUCCAGAGCGCCCUCCAGCGCCAGCCUGUCGGCUCCAUGGCCGCCUUCACCCGCUUUGGCGGCAACAUCGGCACCUUUGCCCUGGUUGGCGGGGUUUUCGCCUUCUCCAAGACCGCCUCGGCAAACCUGCGCCAGAAGGAGGACUCCUACAACACAGCGAUCGGUGGCUUUCUCGGCGGCUCACUCCUGGGAAUGCGGAGCAUGCGGAUGCCCAGGAUCCUGGGAUACGGAGCAGGAGUUUCCAUCAUCCUAUCCGCUUUCGACUAUACCGGUAAUUCGCUGAGCGGAUGGGGCAAGAACCCCACCGUGGAUGAUUACGAGCGCAAAGAGGUCUUGAGGAAGAACCGGAGGAGGCCACUCGAGGAGACGAUCGCCGAAAUUGGCGAGAUCAGAGGUAUCCAGCCUCCUGGCUACGAGGAGCGUCGUCGCCAGAGACUCAAGGAGAAGUAUGGUGUCGAGAUUAACCCCGUAUGCGCAGACCCGAACCAGGCAGCCUCAAGCUGAGACAUACUCCUGUUGUUUGUGGUCUUGCGUAUACUGUAUAUAUUUAGCGUUCAGUAUCUGCCCCAGAGACGACCGCGAAUGCCUCUCCCUGACGGUAGACUGGGAAUUUAGCGGUACCAAUGGUUGCCAUCUCGGACAGUCCGGCUCUGUGGCUUGAUAUAAGCUCUCGCUUGACGCCCGCCGGCUGUUCCAUCGUAACGCUCUAGUGAAUAACCCCUUGUCGUAGCCCAUAUUACCAGCUCUAAAUUGAGCGUUUCCACGCCAGACAUAGCGUCUACCCCGUGAUACUGCUCUCGGCUUCUGUCCAUAACCGAGCCUAAACUCCUCAAAGAAGAAAAUCAUAAUGAUUGUGCCAUGUUUCCCAUCUGUAGAGAGUCAACCCGAUUUCUACAACGCCUUGACGGACUGGAAAAAGGGGUUCUGCAGGAGAGUGGCGUCUGCCGCAACCAAUUCCUUCAUCUUGGCGACCAUCUGGUCCCUCGUCAGGCUUCCAUCCUUGACUUCAUCCUUCCAUUUGACCAA